AAUCAACCCAGAAGAUCCGCCAGAUUCUUGAUGAAAUCUGUCGGAUCUUGCUUUCCAAACUGUCAGAUUUCCUUGGUGGAUUUUGUAUCUUCUUGACCAUGAUGUGCUCCCUUUUAAAAUGUGCAUGCCACCCUCCUUCAUCACAUCACUUUUUUCAUUCUUUCUUCUAUUCCUAUUCAUUUUUCUCUCCCUAGCUUCUUUUUUCCUAUUGCUUUUUCACCUCAUCAUCGAAAUUAUGGGCAUAGCCGCAGAGGCCCCGUUUCAUGUUUUGGCUGUUGAUGAUAGCCUUAUUGACAGAAUGUUGAUUGAGAGGCUCCUCAAAACUUCUUCCUUUCAUGUAACAGCCGUGGAUUCUGGCAGUAAGGCUUUGAAGCUUCUUGGUUUGGUUGAAGAUGAGCAGAUAAAUGAAGAGCCUCCCUCUAUUGCUCUAGAAGCUCAUCAGGAUGUAGAAGUAAACCUGAUCAUAACUGAUUACUGUAUGCCAGAAAUGACUGGCUAUGACCUGCUGAGAAAGAUCAAGGAAUCCAGAUCUCUUAAAGACAUACCUGUGGUGAUUAUGUCCUCAGAAAAUGUCCCAUCAAGGAUCAACAGAUGCCUAGAAGAUGGUGCUGAUGAAUUCUUUUUGAAACCAGUUCAACUGUCAGAUGUAAACAAACUCAGGCCUCAUUUGUUGAAAUCAAAAGUUAAGGACGAGGAAGACCAACAAAUCCAUGACAAAGGGAUUAAUGAAACAGAAGUCAUUGCCCCAGAUAAAACUAUACCAAAAAAUAUUGUCACAAAAAAUGGUUAAGUCUAGUUAUAAAUUGAUGAUAUACGUAGAUGCUCCCUAGAACAUUUAUUUCUCCUCUGCCUCACCAACUAACUAGUGAGAAGAGUAUAUGCCAGCUCAAUCAUAUAUACUAAAGAAAUGUGUUAGUAUAGGCCCCUGACAGAAGAAUUCCGUUUCAAAUUCAAUUUUUUUUCUGACAAAUAUAAAUUAUUUUAGCUGAUA